ACGUCUCCGGCCUGGAUGCGCCGCGCCUGCAAAGGAAUGAAGGCCGCCGAGCUGCACGUCUAGAAUCAUGAAGCUCGAGACCGAGAAGUACGACAUGGAACAGAAGGAGCAGAGACAAGCCUAUGACUUGAAGGAGUUGGCCGAGAGAGAGAAGCAGGUCAAGAAACAGAGGGCUCUGAAGAAGGGUCUCGACCCAACAGAGGCCGAGGGCAAGCAUCCGCCUAAAAUUGCCACGUCGAGCAAAUUUGAUCGCCGCGUGGACCUCAGGUCCUAUGAUGAGAGAAGACAGCUGUACAGGAAGCCGCUGCCGCCGCCGCCGGAGGUGAACAGAGUCGGAAAGAUCUGGCAGCCACCGGGCUACGAAGAGCUCGAAUCUGCCGCUCCUGCUGCCGCUCCUGCUGCCGCUCCCGCCCCGGUACCGGAUCCCUACCCCUACGAAGAGGUGGCGGCGGAGUAAACUCCCCCUGGAAGCCGCGUGCAUGAUCUGUGUGUGUAUAGUAGGUCGUCUCUUUCCGUCCAUCUUCGUAUCUUUGACGUCAGCUGUGACAGGAUUCCAGCAACAAGACCGACCGGAUUUUCCUCUGCCGCUUCCUUCGCUUCUCACACCGGGCGCCACCAUCGCCAUCUAUCGGUCGCAAACAAAGACUAUUCUCGCCGCUGAGUCCUAACGCCAGCUAACACACGGGGAGGCCGCGUAAAACCAAAAGGCUGAUAGCUGGUAACGGGUAUUCGCAGCCAGGAGCGUAUUUUGUUGUUCGACCCGAACUGGAUCUGCCCCCCCCCUCACCAACACUCACACAUCUUCGUAUCGUUGAUGCCUGUCUCAGCGAGUGUCUCUUCACACAUAUGCCUGGGCAUCGAUCCAUCUCAUACGUAUAGUAAACAGUAUAGCUAGCUGUUCGCAACUCUAGCGUUGUGUAAAAGUCCGUGUUGCCUCGCCGAACUGUGCGAGCAACUUCAACUAAUUAUCAGUUGUAGUUUUUCGAUUAGCUUAUUAUCAAACAAUGUUGUGUUAAACAUAUCGAAUAAAGUUUUAUUUGGCAUUUAUAUCUCAAA